UGUCUCCAUCCCCUUGUGUUCGUGCAUUGCACUCCGCCUGCUCAGGCUGCUCAACCAGGAGGAACCACGCUGGGAACUUGCUGCUAUGGCGUUCCUUGUGGAGGUCCUGGAGUGCCUGGACUUGAAUGAAUGGGGUGAAAACCUCCUGGAGAUCAUGACAAAGCACCUGAAGAGCGAGUCCAAGGAGGAGUGUCACCUGGCACUCAGAGGCCUCGUGGUGCUCAGCCAAGAUCCCUUGGUGACCAAAAAAAUGUGCAGCCUGUCUGCAAGCUUGGUGCAGCUAUUGAAGAAUGCAGAUGGAGAGGACAUCAGGUUGACCCUCACUGUGUUCAAGAACAUGCUCCUGAAAAAAGAUAUUCUAGUAUCCAGCCCCACGGCCCCGAAACUGGCUGAGGCUCUCCGGCCCCUCUUUGACAAUGACAACAGCCACAUACAGCUGCUCUCCAUUCAACUCUACCAAGAAGUGAUGGAAUUGGUAGUGGAAAAGGGAAAAAAGCCCUUGAAGGUGUUGGUGAGCGACAGCCUGCUGCCGCUCUUCUUCUAUUGCCAUAGUGAGAACAGGCGUGUGGCAGAGUCUGCUCGGGAAACACUGCUUGCAGCACUAAGCUUCCUGAAUAGGAAGGAUCUCAAGCACCUGCUAGAGACAGAGGACCCAUGGAACUUUGGCGAGCGUGUGCUGGCAGAGGACAGGAGCCAAGCGGGCAAGCACCUGCGGCAGGCUCUGCCAUACCUGGAGAGCCCAGAGGAGCCCGUGCGAGAGGCAGCCAUCAGGUCCAUUGGGAUUGCCAGCGUGCUGAUGAAGGGGCAGCAGGAAGAGCUGGAGAUCAUCUGUGAGGCCCUUCAAGCCCUUAGCCAAGAUGAGAGCCCCUCCAAGACAAACCUGAUAGUUCAAGCCAUGUUGGAUGAAAGAGCUGCAUCCCUAAAUGCAUCUUCUGCAUCAAGACAACCAGGACAGCACCAGAUCCCAAGCAAGAGGAGACAACCCGGAGCUCCAGGCACAGCUGAUGCUGGGCACUCCUGAGCUUGCCUGGAAGCUUGGGUAGCUCCUGGCCUCCUUCCCUCUUUACUGAUCCCUCCCUCCAGCCCUCAGACCCUGCCCGU